AUGCUCGAAUUUCUGGCAGAGAAGGCGCGAAAGACGAAGAAACAGCUGAGCAUGGCGGCGGUUUGGAGGGAAUACACCGAGAGUGGCAGGUCCCGACGGACACCCGACGAUCUGUACGCGAGGUUCGUGUUUUCGAAUAAAAAAUCUACCUAGUUUCAAAAGAAGACAUAAAAAGAGCGAGUUUCAGCGUGAAAUGCAACUUUUCUUCAGAUUCCGCUACCACUUGGCGUCGCAAAUUCAUCAGCUGAAAGUGUUCGACGCACAAACUCGAGUUCUCAUGUUGCUCGCCUCAAAAUCUCCGAUCGACUGA